UCAGAUAAGAAAGCAGUAAUUCAAACUCAAUUAUAUAAACGAGAUCAGAGAGGAUUUAUCCUGAAGGAUAUAAAAUGAACCAAGAGCUUGUAGUCUGGGUCAUUAUAUGAUCAGCUCCCCAAUGCAAAGUAAGCAUGACUGCUAUCUACCUGAUGUCCAUGCUUUUUGGCCUUGCAUGUGGGCAAGUAAUGUCUUUUUGUUUUCCAACUGAGUAUACAAUGCAUGUCGAAAGGAACGAGUGCGCUUAUUGCCUAACCAUCAACACUACCAUCUGUGCUGGAUAUUGUAUGACACGGGAUAUCAAUGGCAAGCUCUUUCUUCCCAAAUAUGCUCUGUCCCAGGAUGUUUGUACAUAUAGAGACUUCAUGUACAAGACUGUAGAAAUACCAGGAUGCCCACGCCAUGUCACUCCCUAUUUCUCCUACCCCGUAGCUGUAAGCUGUAAGUGUGGCAAGUGUAAUACUGACUCCAGUGAGUGUAUACAUGAGGCCAUCAAGACAAACUAUUGUACCAAACCUCAGAAGUCCUAUGUGGUGGGAUUUUCUAUCUAACUUCUAUAGUGAUGUAACUUGCAAUUCAGUUAAAUGUGUUCACCUGGAAUAAAAUUAAUAAAAUGUGAAUAUAUUUCACAA